GGCCCCCAGGGUGCUGCUGCUAAGAUUCCCGGCUGGCUGACGGCACUGAUAGGCUGGGGCACUUCUACUCAGCUUUUCUUUUAGGACAGGGCAUCAAACUGAGAGUGAGGAAUGGGGCAUUGUGGGAGGGAGCCCGUGCUCUGUCUGUGCACCCCCUGCCUGUGCCCGGCUCUGGGUGAGUCAGGGCCUGAGUCAGGGGGGGGCCCUGCCCCUGCCAUCCCGAUGUGAGGGCCUUUGAAGGGAUUAGAAGGUGUGGUGGACUACCUCGCCCUCAGCCCGGUGGGCAGGGCUUACAGCCCGCAUCCCUGUCCGUCUCUACCUCAUCCCCGCCCGGGAGUCAACCCCAGGCCUCAGGGACCUGGGGACUGCAAAGGGAGGCAGGGUGCUGUGAGAGGCAGUCCGGCCUGGGAGCCCCCUCAAAAGGCAGUGGGGGCCUUGCGGCCUCCCUUUCCUUCCGUCCAGCCUCCGGGAGAGGGGGAGGGAGGCUCCCCAGCUGCCUGUUCUGGGAGGGUGAUGUCCCAGCUUGUGGCCCAUGCCCCCACGUGACUCGCUCCUAGCUGUCCCGUAUCUGAAAUAAUGAUACCUUGGUCUAAAGUGAAACCCAGGGACAGACAGAGCGGGCUGGCCGCCCAGGAGCCUGAGAGCCCAGCCCCAGCCCAGACAGUAGGUGUCACUCUGGCUUUGUCCCUGAGUUUUCCAUUUCCUGAUCCUCUGCCCUCCGGCCAUCCUGGCGACCCCCCACCCUCCCAGUCAGAGCCCGGGUUUCUCUGUCAUCUGCCUCAGUUUCUGGGCACCGAUCCCUCUAGAAACCCAGGUGUUCUAGUCCUCCUUCCCCUCCACUGACCAGCCUUCAGCUUUGCCCCUCCCUGCCCCUCAGGCCCUGUAACCAGAGCCAGGCUCCAGCCGGCUUUUCCGGUUGGAGGUUGGAGGUGGUGCCCGGAGCGCCCCUGAAGGGGGUGGGGGGCCCACACCCCGGAAGUCCUCAGCCUCAGACGCUCUCUCUGGCCCAGUGGCAGAGACAGCAGAGGCUAGCGGUCCGGACAGCAGGAAAGAUGAUUCCGGUGGCCGAGUUCAAGCAGUUCACGGAGCAGCAGCCCGCGUUCAAGGUGCUCAAACCCUGGUGGGACGUGCUGGCGGAGUACCUCACCGUGGCUAUGCUCAUGAUCGGGGUCUUCGGCUGCACCCUGCAGGUGACACAGGACAAGAUCAUCUGUCUGCCCAGUCACGAACUCCGGGAGAAUUUCUCAGAGGCCCCCUGCCAGCAACUGCUGCCUCGGGGCGUCUCCGAGCAGAUGGGGGGCCUCCGGGAGGUAAGCGGCCUCAAAAACAAUCUGGACCUCCAGCAGUACAGCUUCAUUAACCAGCUCUGCUACGAGACAGCCCUCCACUGGUACGCCAAGUACUUCCCCUACCUGGUCGUCAUUCACACGCUCAUCUUCAUGGUCUGCACCAGCUUCUGGUUCAAGUUCCCCGGCACCAGCUCCAAGAUCGAGCACUUCAUCUCCAUUCUGGGCAAGUGUUUCGACUCUCCGUGGACCACGCGGGCCCUGUCCGAGGUCUCUGGGGAGAACCAGAAGGGCCCCACCACCGGGCGGGCGACGGCGACAGUGGAGGCCUCGGCGGGGCCGGGAAAAGCCAAUGAGGGUGAGAAGGAAAAGGUGCUGGUGGAGCCCGAGAAGGUGGUGACUGAGCCACCAGCCGUCACCCUACUGGACAAGAAGGAGGGUGAGCAGGCCAAAGCCCUGUUUGAGAAGGUCAAGAAGUUCCGCGUGCACGUGGAAGAGGGGGACAUCUUGUACACCAUGUACAUCCGGCAGACGGUGCUCAAAGUCUGCAAGUUCUUUGCCAUCCUGGUCUACAACCUGGUCUACGUGGAGAAGAUCAGCUUCCUGGUGGCCUGCAGGGUGGAGACCUCGGAGGUCACGGGCUACGCCAGCUUCUGCUGCAACCACACGAAGGCCCACCUCUUCUCCAAGCUGGCUUUCUGCUACAUCUCCUUCGUGUGCGUCUACGGGAUCACCUGUCUCUACACCCUCUACUGGCUCUUCCACCGGCCCCUCAAGGAGUACUCCUUCCGUUCUGUGCGGGAGGAGACGGGCAUGGGUGACAUCCCCGACGUCAAGAACGACUUUGCUUUCAUGCUGCACCUCAUCGACCAGUAUGACUCCCUCUACUCCAAGCGCUUUGCCGUCUUCCUCUCCGAGGUCAGCGAGAGCCGCCUGAAGCAGCUCAACCUGAACCACGAGUGGACGCCCGAGAAGCUGCGGCAGAAGCUGCAGCGCAACGCCCGCGGCCGGCUCGAGCUGGCCCUCUGCAUGCUCCCGGGGCUGCCCGACACCGUCUUCGAGCUCAGCGAGGUGGAGGCGCUCCGGCUGGAGGCCAUCUGCGACAUCACCUUCCCCCCGGGCCUCUCGCAGCUGGUGCACCUGCAAGAGCUCAGCCUGCUUCACUCGCCCGCCCGGCUGCCCUUCUCCUCGCAGAUCUUCCUGCGGGACCGCCUGAAGGUCAUCCGGGUCAAGUGUGAGGAGCUCCGCGAGGUGCCCCUGUGGGUGUUCGGGCUGCGUGGCCUGGAGGAGCUGCACCUCGAGGGGCUCUUCCCCCCGGAGCUGGCUCGGGCGGCGACCCUCGAGAGCCUCCGGGAGCUGAAGCAGCUCAAGGUGCUGUCUCUGCGGAGCAAUGCCAGCAAGGUGCCAGCCAGCGUGACCGACGUGGCCGGGCAUCUGCAGCGGCUUAGUCUGCACAACGACGGGGCCCGCCUGCUGGCCCUGAACAGCCUCAAGAAGCUGGCGGCGCUGCGGGAGCUGGAGCUGGUGGCCUGCGGGCUGGAGCGCAUCCCCCAUGCCAUCUUCAGCCUGGGGGCGCUGCAGGAACUUGACCUCAAGGACAACCGCUUGCGGUCCAUCGAAGAGAUCCUCAGCUUCCAGCACUGUCGCAAGCUGGUCACGCUCAGGCUAUGGCACAACCAGAUCGCCUACGUCCCCGAGCACGUGCGCAAGCUCCGGGGCCUCGAGCAGCUCUACCUCGGCCACAACAAGCUGGAGACCCUGCCCACCCAGCUCGGCCUUUGCUCUGGCCUCCGCCUGCUGGACGUCUCCCACAACGGGCUGCGCUCCCUGCCGCCCGAGCUGGGCCUCCUCCAGAGCCUGCAGCACCUGGCGGUGUCCUACAACGCCCUGGAGGCCCUGCCGGAGGAGCUCUUCUUCUGCCGCAAGCUGCGGACGUUGCUCCUGGGCUACAACCACUUGAGCCAGCUCUCGCCCCAGGUGGGGGCCCUCAGGGCCCUCAGCCGCCUGGAGCUCAAGGGCAACCGCUUGGAGGCUCUGCCAGAAGAACUUGGCAACUGUGUGGGGCUCAAGAGAGUGGGGCUCCUGGUGGAGGACACCCUUUACGAGGGCCUGCCAGCGGAGGUGCGGGAAAAAAUGGAGGAGGAAUGAAGCGAAAGGUGGGGCAGGUUGGGGUAGAGGCCUUCUGGAUGCUUCCACCCCAGAAUCUCUACUAUCGUCUUCAAGCGAGGUGGCCGACAGGGCCCAGGCCAGGAGACGAGGAGCAGACACAUCAGCCUUGGGGGGGGGCCGCGGGCGGGCG